AUGAUGUACGGAUCGGAGACUUGGACAGCACCAUCAGCGGUUAUGGAGAGGCUUGACUGCACGGAACGAAAGCUGCUUAGACGGCUACUUGGCUACUUUUGGCCUAGGGUAUGUCGCAAUGAAGAUCUUUACGCAGAAAUUGAUGUGGCAUACCGGCGGAUGACACGUGGAAGACAUCAACAUCUUGCACCGCCAUCGAAAGUAGCUAAAGUAAAUCGUCUUCGCUUCUUUGGUCAUAUAUUAAGGAGACCGGCAGAUCGCCUUGUUCAACGAGUUCUGAGGAGUUCGUCGGGUUCGAGCUGGAAGAAGCCACCUAGCCGAAAACGAUAG